GCCGCCGCCGCCAGCCGAGCGCGCCCGCCAAGCGACCCGCGGAGCCGACGACAUGGAGCAGCUGAAGGCUUUUGAUCGAGAAGUAAAUGAAUUUGUGGAUUAUAUGUUUGGACCCAGAGAUCCCAGGGUCAGAGGAUGGCUUAUGCUGGACUCUUGCUUACCAACCCUUUUCCUCACUAUUGUAUAUCUGCUCUUCAUAUUUUGGGGGACCAAGUUUAUGAAGAACAGGCCUGCUCUGUCACUCAGGGGUCUUCUUAUUUUAUAUAACCUUGGAGUCACAAUGCUUUCAUUUUACAUGCUUAUAGAGUUAAUUCUUGCCACUUGGGAAGGAAGCUAUAACUUACAGUGUCAGAACCUGACCAGUGCCGGAGAAGCUGACAUCCGCGUGGCCAAGGUGUUGUGGUGGUAUUACUUCUCCAAAGUGAUUGAAUUUGCUGACACUCUUUUCUUUGUGUUGCGGAAGAAAAACAGUCAAAUUACUUUCCUUCAUGUUUAUCAUCACGCCACUAUGUUUAAUAUCUGGUGGUGUGUCAUGAACUGGAUACCAUGUGGGCAAAGUUUCUUUGGGCCUACCUUGAAUAGUUUUAUCCAUGUGCUCAUGUACUCCUACUAUGGACUAUCUGUCAUUCCAUCCAUGCGCAAGUAUCUUUGGUGGAAGAAAUAUCUCACUCAGGCACAACUGAUUCAGUUUUUGCUCACCAUUACACACACACUCAGUGCAGCUGUGAAACCCUGUGGAUUCCCACUAGGUUGUCUCAUCUUCCAGUCUUCAUACAUGACUACACUGGUCAUUCUGUUUGUUAACUUUUAUAUUAAGACAUAUCGGAAAAGACCUUCAAGAAUCGACACAAAAGAAGCCCCCCUGGUGACAGAAAUCAGGAAUGGCUUCCAUAAAGACUACCUAAUGGCAGCUAAUGGUGCACUGAAUAACAAAAAAGCACAAUAAGUAUAAAGUAAUAUUAAAUUGUAGUGUACAAAAGGCCCUCCUACAUUUUUUUUCUAAGAAAAAGACUGAGUUGACCAGGCGAUCAUACCUAGCUUUGUACAAGUUUAGACUCAGUUUGGUUGCAUUUAUCCAUUCUUCUAUUCUGUUUAACUCAUUAUGUUUUAAUAGUACAAAGUCCUUUUUAACAUUUUGAUAUAUGUCACAGUUAAAAUGGUGUGGGCAGUUAUUUCUUCACCCAGCCAAAACGAAGCCACAUUCUGUCAUUUUUUUACGAUGGGUAGAAUGCCUGACAUUUGCUCCUUGGAAGGAUGAAGGUCCAGUGAAAGUCUAGAUGUGCUUUGAAUGGAAACCUGACUUUUCAAAAUUUGCAGCAGAAUGCAGGCUGCUUUAAAGAUUACUCGUUCUGCAGCAUAAUCUGUGUUGGAGAAAGUCUGUGUUCUAUUAUGUUUGCAUGAUGAUGCAAGCCUUUUGUUGUGGUUGUUGACCCUGUAUUUCCAUAGAUGUGAACUGCUUUUUGGAGGGAGGGCAGGAGAAGUGUCACUUCUGUCCUGAAAAGCUUUGGUGUUGCCUUCGUAGAACUAAAAAGACUGCUCCCCUCUCCAUUGUUCCAGCAACAGGGAUCACGCUUUAGCAAAGCAAAGGGAGCAGUAGGCUUUCCUACAAGCGUGUGUAAAUUAAGGCAUUGAGCCAAAUUGAAACCUAUCUAAAUAGUGGCAUAUGAGCUUUUUAACCUAUGCUACUUCAAAACUGAAUAGGACUGAUAUGUCACCUGGAAAUCACCUCUCAGCAAAUGGGUUAGAUCAGUGGUUCUUAACCUUGGGUUACUCAGGUGUUUUUGGACUGCAACUCCCAGAAGCCUUCACCAC